CUACCUACCUACUCUUCACAAUGCAUGCUUACCGUAGAAUCCUAGGCUAGCAAGAUCCAUGUGCUACCAUAUUCCCCUACUGCUGCACUGUACUGCACAUACUGUACUAUCGGAAAUGCCGGACUAUGAUGUGCGCUACCAGUUCCUGCGAUACUAUCUGAGUUUCGCAUACUCCGACCCUUACUGUAGAAAAUACCGGCAAAAGAUUCAACCGGGCCAAACCUCUCGGCCGCCGCAAGUGCCAGAUGCCGGGGCCGAUCUAGCUUCCCCGCAUUUCCCAUCCAGUACGGCUCUUCGUUUUGCCAACAUCCCCCACCAUGGCCCGCGAGUCUCAAGUUAGACACUUAGACCUCGCCCACGGGAAGCUGACUAGAGUGCCGUGAAGCCCAACCGUAGAAGGUACCACUGGGCCUGAUAGCCAGAAAAUCAUUCCAUUCGUGCCCGCUCCCAUAGCCGCGAUGAGACGACUGUCCCGAGGGGCUGGAUAUAAAGGUAGAGUCUGCUCCAUUCCGGGCAUAGGUUUUCCAUUCCGUUCGACUAUUCUUCAAACCAAUUCGAGCUUCAGUACAGAUACCUGUUCUUCACCCCCUUUUCCUUCUAAAAGGUUCCUUAUCGAAAGUAUCUCUAUAUCUUCACAUCUUCGCCAUUCAACUGCUACUUCUACCCACCACUCUACUACACCACUGUCCACCAGAAACAUCACCACCAUGGCUACAAACGGUACCAACGGCACCAAUGGCGCCAGCAAAGACAAGAGCCACAGAUUCGACCCGAACUUCACACAACACGUUAUCGACCUGAUGGCUCCCGAGACGAAACCCCGAGACAGAGAGAUCCUCAGCUCCCUGAUCAGACAUCUCCACGACUUCUGCCGCGAGGUAGAGCUCACACAGGAGGAAUGGGUCAUGGGCGUCAACUACGUCAACUCAAUCGGUCAAGCAUACAGGAAGAACCGCAACGAAGCCUGGAGAGUAUGUGAUGUGUUGGGCGUAGAAUCCCUCGUCGACGAAAUCAACCACAAAAUCGUCACCGAGCAAGGCAUCUCCCCCACCUCCUCCGCCAUCCUCGGACCCUUCUGGUCGCCCGAAACCCCCUUCCGCGAUCUCGGCUCCUCCGUCGUCCAAGACAUGCCCCCCAACGGCGAACUCACCCUCUUCCACGGGGUCAUCAAAGACGCCGAGACAGACAUCGGGAUCCCCAACGCCGUCUUCGACAUGUGGCAGGCCAGCACGAACGGCAAGUACGACGUCUUCGACCCGGAGAACCAGUCCCGCCACAACCUCCGCGGCAAGUUCCGCACCGACAAGGACGGCCGCUUCUGGUUCUACUGCCUCAAGCCUACCGAGUACGCGAUCGAUACGUCUGGCCCGUCGGCCGAUCUCCUCAAGAUGAUGGGCAGACAUCCGAAUCGUCCUGCGCAUAUCCAUAUAAUGGUUACGCAUGAUGACUAUAUUGGCGUUACGGCACAGCUGUAUCCUAAUGAUGAUCCGUGGUUGGAGACCGAUACGGUGUGUGCUGUGAAGGAUGAUCUGCUGCUUGAUUUUAAGCCUGCUGCGAAGGAUGAUCCGCAGGGUGCGAAGUUGGAUGUUGAGUACGAUGUGCGGUUACUGUCGAAGAAGUAUAAGCCCGAGUCUAGCAUGUUGAUGGCGAAUGCGGCUGGUGAUAGGAAGGAGUUGGAGACUGCUAAGAAUUGAAUGAUAUGAAGUAUCAUGGGAUGUUGGUAACGAUUUGAAUCAUUUUGCUGCAUAUACUGGAUGGAAUGGCGUAGGAGUUUUGUAUAUAGUCUAUUUGUUAGGAAGACAAUUCUACUUGGAUGAGUAUCAAUGAAGUCUCGCU